AUGGAGUUGAAAAACAAGAAGCUCAAGAUUGCAAGUCUGGGAAGUUCCUUUGCCGCUGGCCCGGGCAUUCCCCCACAAGUUCAACCACUCGGUGCUGGGCGAUCAGGGCGGAAUUACUCCCAUCUCCUGGCGCAGCAGCUAGAUGCCGAGCUCACCGACCUGACUGUUUCUGGCUCAACUCUUCUCGACAUAACGGUCAACCAGAGAACCGAUCCGUUGACCGGUGGGAUUUUCCCACCCCAGAUCUCCAAUCUGCCCGAAGAUGCGGAUAUCAUCACCAUCACUGCCGGUGGCAACGACAUCAACUACAUCGGAGCCCUGGGUGCCGAUGCAUGUGCUGCACUUGGCCUUGAAAUACCAACGCCAAGCACCGACAUUGUACCUCCAAGUGAACUAGCUGGAAGACUAGGCGGGGUUCUCGAUAAUAUACACAAGCGAGCCCCGGGAGCUCACGUUUUUCUUGUCGAAUACCUUGCCGUCCUUGGACCUGGCACGCGACCUGGUCAGGAUAUUCCCUUCAAUCAAGAGAGAGUGGAACAUCAUCUCGCAGUCGCAUCUGCAAUGUCAAGGGCUUAUCGUGAUGCAGCAGAAAGUAGAGGCGAGUGGUGUCAGAGGGUACCAGUCAACGAUUUUAGCCUGGGACAUGCGCUCGGUAGCGAGGAACCUUGGGUUGGAGGGUUUGAUGGAUCGGACGGUCCGAAUCUCCAUCCGAAACUCGUAGGAAUGAAGGCAGUAGCAGACCUUCUAUUUGAAACGAUCAAAAAGGUGCCCAGGUGA